GGGCGUGUCUCCGUGACGUGGGCGUGGUCUGUCGGCGCUGUCGGGCGCGCAGCGAUGCGGCGUCGCGGCGGGGACGGCGACGGUGGCGACAGCGGCGACAUUGGGAGGGCGGAGGGCAGGUCCGGCGCGGCCCGGCAGGGACGGGCUCAGCACUCCUGGCUCCCAGGGCUGCGCACCCUCCUCCUGGCCCCGCUGCUCACCUACACCUCCUUGCCCUUCCUCAUCCGCCUCUUCCCCAGCGUGCUCACCAAAUUUGUCUACCUGAACUUCCUGGCCUUCCCCUUCUUCGUGGACUUUCGGCGGCCGGAGGUGCUGGUGACCAACACCAUCAACCUGCAGCUCAGCACGGAGCCGGGUGUCACAGUCGGUGUCUGGCACACGGUGCCGGGCAGCAGAGGGGCCGAGGCGCGGGGCAAGGACCAGCGCUGGUACGAGGAGGCUCUUGCUGAUGCUCACCCCGUGAUCAUCUACCUGCACGGCAAUGGGGGCACCAGGGCUGCGAGUCACCGUGUCCAGUUCUUGAAGACGAUGGGGGCUGCUGACUUUCACAUCCUGGCUCUCGACUACAGAGGCUAUGGGGACUCCACUGGACACCCCUCAGAGAGAGGCUUCACCACGGAUGUCCUGGCGCUCUAUGACUGGGCGAAAGCGCGGAGUGGGAACAGCAGCAUCCUCUUCUGGGGACAUUCCCUGGGGACAGGGAUUGCCACCAACGCAGCGAGGAAACUGCAGGAGGAGCGAGGGGUCCAGGUUGAUGCCGUGGUGCUGGAGUCUCCCUACACCAACAUCCGAGACGCAGCCGCCAACAUCCCCAUCACCAAGAUCUACCGGCAGUUCCCGGGUUUCGAGUCCCUCAUCCUGGACUCCCUGGCUCGGGCAGGAAUGUUCUUCCACAGUGAUGAGAAUGUGAAGGUGCUGGGCUGCCCCCUCCUCAUCCUGCACGCAGAAGAUGACGGAGUCCUGCCUCCAAAGCUGGGACGCAAGCUCUAUGAGACAGCACACAAAGCCUACAAGGACAAAUCCAAGGUGAAGUUCAUUACCUUUCCCGAAAAGCUGGGCUUGGGCCACGACUACAUCUCCUUCAACCCAGAGCUGCCUGCCCUGGUGAGAGACUUCUUAAACAUGAAGUGAUGCCAGUUGCUGCUUGCACUGAUCCCAUGCUCCCUCAAAUCCACUCCAGGACACCCCGUAUGGCACUGAACUUACUGCUAUAAGUAAUAAAAACUACUAAGAAACUUUUAAGUCAC